AUGAGCUCAACACGCCAUGCGCUGCGUGGCGCGCUACUGUGCGUCGCCCUCCUCGUGCUGCUCAUGGUGAUACCCCGCUAUCCACAACCCGUGCGCGAGCGGCCCAGCAUCGACAGACUGUUCCGUCCCGGGCGUUCCCAAGAACCAUUCGUCGACGUCGAAAGUGUACCAUGGACGACAUAUGAUGGUGGUAUCGAGGGCUAUACCGUCUGGUCUAAUCUCUACCUCUCAGGCGGUACGCUCGUCGCGUUCAGCAAAACGAAGGAGGCAGCGGACAGCCUUCCCAACGCCCGUGGCAUCCUAACAGACUUUGACGGUGUCGAAAGAUUGCCCGCUGGUCCUGACUUGUGGGCGACGAUCGCGGGAGCGGAUCUCGCACAUGACCGGUUUGGCGAGGGUGCCGUGCGCCUGCCAGGCGUAACGUAUCUGUUCAACGACCCGCCUGGCGAAAGCAACUUGGUCGCGAGCCACUACCACUUCAUUGUCGACCUGCUUGUGCCAGCGGCUCGGGCUGUCGCUUCCACACGCACCGCAGCUGGCUUGCCGUUGGCGGGCCCAGUGCGAGUAAUCUUCCCACGGUGCGGCGCCGACCCGUCCUGGCGCGAUGAGCGCGGCAUGAACUCGUGGCUCCUCCGCACCAUGUUCCCUAAUAUUGUGGUCGAGGACAAGCUGACGUGGGACGACUGGGCGCGGGGGGACGUGUCGUAUGUGUUUGAGCAGGUGGUUAUUGUGGAUCGCUCGGCUGCCCACUCCGCUUCAGGCGACGUCGCCCGCUGGGGCCGCAUGAACGCCAACGUACCACACAUGGAUGCCCCUCGCGGCUUCUGGGACCCAUUUAGUACGGCCAUAGCCACCGCCGUUGGUGACCUGCUGCGUGUUGGUCGUUUCAAUCUUCCCGUCGUGGUCUAUUUCGACCGCAGCGCCGAACCGCUCAUCAACCCGUCGUCAAAUGACGCCCUCAUCACCGGGCUCAGGGAGCUCACAGGCCGUUCAGAAGUCCACAUCGCUCGCAUUCAGGGAAUGACGCGCCGGCAAAAAGUCGCACUUGUCUCGCGCGCCAACAUUGUCGUCGGGCUCAACGCGGAGGACAUGCUACAGAUCAUGUUCAUGCAGGCCGGGAAGGGCAACGCGGUCGUAGAGCUGUUUGAGACGGACGGCUUUUCGUUCGACUACGCAUUGCUUGCGCACAUGCUCGGCCUCAAGCACAUCGCAAUACAGGGCAGCCGCGAGCUCACGCCCCAAAUGUGGGACGAGCACCCCAACGGCAAGCGAGGACCGCAGCACGAGGACGUGAUUGACAUUGAUGCGAGCGCGGUGCUGCAUGCCGUCGUGAGACUACUGGACGAGCUGGAAGGCCAGGCGGGGCGUAAGCUGCUCCUCGGAUAG